AGCACGUGUCACUCACAUGUGUGAUGGCCAUGUGCGCCAUGUUGGCCAUCAAGCCAUCCUUGCCUGCUGUGAACGCAUGGAUGGCGACGCCGGUGGGAUGCCAGCGGCCGCUCGAACGUCCUUUCGCCUCGCGUCCCGAGCAAGCGCUGGUGGCACUCUGCACCGCCCUCGCGGUGCGGCAGGUCUGGCGCUCGGGGUCGAGCCGCGCGGCUCGUCCAGGGAUGCAGCUGGUGGCACUGAAGGGCCAUGGCGAAGAGAGCGGACAUGAAAGUGGAGCGAAAAGUUCACAUGGUCACAGCCAUGGUCACAGCCACGGUCACAGCGGACACAGCCACGAGCCUUCCACUCAUGCCAGCCAUGAAGAUUCGUCUGGUCACAGCCACGAGCAUUCCACUCAUGCCAGCCAUGAAGAUUCGUCUGGUCACAGCCACGAGCAUUCCACUCAUGCUCACAGCCACGAGCAUGCGUCUCAUUCGCACGAUGGCCACAGCCAUGAAUCUGGCCACAGCCACGGCCACAACGACUGUUCUGGCCAUGGUGGCUUGUAUGGCCAUGGUCACUCGCACGGUGAAGUGCCCCAGUGGCUUCCUGGGCGCACGGCCAUUCAACGCUUGAAAGAUUUCUCAUCACGGAAUGUUUGUAUGAUUGGCAUCAGCUCCAUCUUCCUCUUCUCGCUUUUGCCACUGGCCUCCAGCGGGGCGAUUGGCACCGUGCUGAAAUACAUUCGUCAAUUUGGCUCUGUCCCUGUUUACAUCGUCUAUGGCAUCCCCGCGCUGGCCGCUGCGUUACAACAUGCCGCGCAGUUGGACAUCCACUUCCUGAUGACCUUGGCGGCCUUCGCGUCGGUGAUGAUUGGGCACUCCCAUGAGGGAGCUUUGCUCUUGUUGCUCUUCGUACUCUCAGAAGUCCUGGAGGAGAAGCUCUCGAUGAAGGCACGGGCAUCGCUGGAUGCUCUCGGACGUCUUUGCCCCGAGACGGUGCGGCGCCUGCCGUUGGAGGCCUCCACCUUAGCGGAGGCGGAGACCAGCACCGAGGUGAAGCUCAACGAGCUGCGCGAACAAGACCGGAUCCUGGUGCGUGCGGGAGAGGUGAUUCCAGUGGAUGGUCGCAUCCUCGAUGGUGUCUCGCAGCUAGGCUUGAGCCACCUCACUGGUGAGCCUGUGCCACAGGAAGUCUCUCCGGGCGACCAAGUCACUUCGGGCGCUGUCACCAUCGAUGGGGCCCUACUCAUCGAGGUUCAACGCCGUGCCGAGCAGUCCACGUUGCAACGUUUGGCGGAGUUGACCGCCAGUGCCAAGGAGAGUCGCCCCAAGUUGGUGACCAUCGUGGACGCCGUGGCCGACCGCUGGUCCUUCGGUGUGGUCGUGAGCACUCUGAUCAUUGCGGUCAGCCCAAUUCUCUUGUGGCGCGCGCCAUUGGGACCGUCCCUCUACCGGGCCUUGGUGUGGCUCAUCACGGCCUCUCCCUGCGCGUUGAUCCUGGCGACGCCCUUGGUCUACGUUUCGGGCCUCUCCGUCGCCGCAGCCAACGGCGUGCUCCUCAAGGGCGGUCGUACCUUGGAUGCCUUGGCCGUGGCCUCCGGCGUGGCCUUCGACAAGACUGGCACACUCACCAGCGGCACUCCUGUCCUCCAAGACGUGGAGGAGAUUCGGGCUCAAGAGGCGGGUGGAACCAAGGCUGUGAAGGAUGAGGAGCCUCUUCGUUAUGCCGCCUCACUGGGUCAGCUCUCUGUUCACCCGGUCUCCCGCGCGGUGACGGCCGCGCUACCGGAGGGGCAGAGGACCUACCAGGUGAAGGACUUUCAGAUGGUCGCCGGUGCCGGUGUCACUGGGCAGCUGCUGCUGGACGAGGGUGGGGCGGAACAAGUGGCUGUCAUGGGACGUCCCGAGUUUGUGGGCGAACGGGUUCAAGGCCAUGAUGGCGCCUUGGCACAGUCGCUGCUGGCGCGCUCCCAUGAGGUGAAGACCGGUGGCAGUGUGAUGCUGGCGCUCGGUCUUUUGCCGAAUGAGGGCGCGACCCGAGUGUGGCUCUUUCACCUCGAGGACUGCAUCAAAGCUUCCGCACCUCGUGUGGUCCAGGAGGUGGCAAAGAGGGGUCCGGUCUACCUACUGACGGGUGACCGGCGCGCCAAUGCCAUGCACACCAUCGAGAAGAUAGGUGCCUGGAAGUUCGACGAGAUCCAUGCAGAUUUGCGGCCCGAAGAGAAGUUGGCCAAGGUGCGCGCCUACGACCAGCGGCUGCGGCAGCAUGGGGGCCGCGGCUCGCGCUGGCGGCGGCUGCUGCGGCGGCUGGGAAUCUCUAUGGGAGGUCUCAUCAUGGUGGGCGAUGGCAUCAAUGACGCUCCUGCCUUGGCGGCCGCCACCGCCGGCAUCUCCUUGGAGGCGCAGGCAGAUGGCGCUUUGCAGAGCAAUGCCGUGGAUGGGGGAGAUGUCCUCGUGUUGCGGCGACAAGGAGAUCCACUGGGCGACAGCGAGUUGCAGAGGGUCUCCUGGAUCAUCCAACUCGCCAAGAAAGCCAGGGUCAUCGUCAUUCAGAAUCUAGGCUUAGCCCUGGGGUCCAUUUGCACCGCGAGCACUUUGACCCUGGUGGCUGGCUUACCCUUGUGGCUGGGCGUGAUCCUUCAUGAGGGCACCACUAUGCUGGUCGGCUUGAACAGCUUGCGGCUUUUCUCGAACUCCUUGGAAAGGCCUUCCAGACGAUGAUGACGAGCCGUGGAUGUUACGAUGCACUGGACGGUGGCUUCAGUGGUGGGAAGCCGCUUGGAGACGCCGGCCAUGCCAGAUUUGUAUAGAUUUGUAAAGAGAUAAGCAAAGAUUAGCGCAAAGACAAGGGUAUACAAGGGUCACAGGG